AUACACCUGUGACCUCCAUGUAUGCCUUCAAACGCGUCAUAUCACACAAGAAUAUUCUCACUCAGACUCACCAUGGUCUACCAGAAGAUCAGUCCUGAUCGACAAGAAUGAGUUCUGUACCUGCUUUUGGAGGAAGGAUGGGAGAUCGAGCGCAUUGCUGCUGUUCCUGCAGUGUCGUCGAGAAGUAUAGAGUGGUGGGAGGGAAAUCAUGGGCCGCCUUCGCUUGCUGGAUCAAAUUAUGAAGAACGAAAUCUGCGGGUUGCUAGCUGAAACCCCGUCGCUACUACUUAAUGAGAUCGGCGAAUGGCUCGCCAUAUAUCAUGAUCAACCAAUAUCCACACCAGCUCUUUACUGCAACCUCGGGAACCUUGGACUCGCCUACGAACGCUUGAAGAGGAUAGCGGCCGAACGUGAUGACGGUUUCCGAGCUGAUUGGUUGCACAACACGACAGCCAACUAUACAGCUGAGCAGCUCAUGUUCCUGGACGAGUCAAGCCCCAAUAUGAACCCAUUCCCCGGCCCCAGCAAUGUGAUUGUCCUCGACAACUGUCCCACUCACAAGAGUGACGCCUUACGAGAAGCUGUAGGCGCAUCUGGUUUGCUAAAUGCUAACAAAAUCGCAGCGGGGACAGUACUUCAUGUCGCGAGAACCUUGUUUGGGGAAUCGUUGGCGAACACGUUCGAUUGCAGGUUCGAUGCUCUUGACCACGGGUAGACUUGAGUCCCCAUUGUGAGCGGCGUUUUUUCAGGAGGCUGAGUCUAAUUCAUUUAAGUAUCAGAUGCUCUCGACUGUACUACCUGCG